UGGCCGAGCGCGUCGGUUCUGCUUCGGGCCCCGGCCGCCAGCCUCAUUCAUUGCUCCGCGGCUGAGCGGCCCCGCGUCGCCGCGAGCCGGCCCGAGGCCUGUGCGAGGGUGCCGGGGGAGCCCUGCGUGGCGGGGCGAGAGGCCGCCAUGGCCACUCUGGAAAAGCUGAUGAAGGCCUUCGAGUCCCUCAAGUCGUUCCAGCAGCAGCAGCAGCAGCAGCAGCAGCCGCCGCCGGCCGCGCCUCAGCCGCCGCAGCCGCAGCCGCCGCCGCCGCCCCCGCUGCCUGCCCCGCCGCCGCCGCCCGGCCAGGCCCUGGCGGAGGAGUCGCUGCACCGACCAAAGAAAGAACUUUCAGCUACCAAGAAGGACCGUGUGAACCAUUGUCUGACGAUAUGUGAAAACAUAGUGGCACAAUCUCUCAGAAAUUCUCCAGAAUUCCAGAAGCUCCUGGGCAUUGCGAUGGAGCUGUUUCUGCUGUGCAGCGACGAUGCUGAGUCCGAUGUCAGGAUGGUGGCUGACGAGUGCCUCAACAAGGUCAUCAAGGCGUUGAUGGAUUCUAACCUCCCAAGAUUGCAGUUAGAACUCUAUAAAGAAAUUAAAAAGAAUGGCGCCCCUCGAAGUUUACGUGCCGCCCUGUGGAGGUUCGCUGAGCUGGCUCACCUGGUCCGGCCUCAGAAGUGCAGGCCCUACCUGGUAAACCUCCUGCCGUGCCUGACUCGAACCAGCAAGAGACCCGAGGAGUCCGUCCAGGAGACCUUGGCUACGGCUGUCCCCAAAAUUAUGGCUGCUUUUGGCAACUUCGCAAAUGACAAUGAGAUUAAGGUUCUCUUAAAGGCUUUCGUCGCAAACCUGAAGUCGAGCUCCUCGGCCGUCCGGCGCACAGCAGCCAGCGUGGCCGUGAGCGUCUGCCAGCACUCGCGGAGGACACAGUAUUUCUAUAGCUGGCUGCUGAACGUGCUCUUAGGUUUGCUGGUUCCUGUGGAGGAAGAGCACCCCACAGUCCUGGUCCUUGGGGUGCUGCUCACACUGCGCUAUCUGGUGCCCCUGCUACAGCAGCAGGUCAAGGAUACCAGCCUGAAGGGCAGCUUUGGGGUGACACGCAAGGAGAUGGAAGUCUGCCCCUCGGCAGAGCAGCUUGUCCAGGUUUAUGAGCUGACGCUGCGCCACACCCAGCACCACGACCACAACGUUGUCACAGGGGCACUGGAGCUGUUGCAGCAGCUCCUGCGAACCCCCCCACCGGAGCUCCUGCAAGCUCUGACUACACCAGGCGGCCUUGGGCAGCUUGCCGCCGCCAGAGAGGAAUCCAGCAGCCGGAGUCGCAGCGGGAGCAUUGUGGAACUUCUCGCUGGAGGGGGUUCCUCAUGCAGCCCUGUCCUUGCCAGAAAGCACAAAGGUAAAGUGCUCCUGGGAGAAGAGGAAGUCUGGGGAGAUGACUCGGAGUCGAGGUCUGACGCGAGCAGCUCAGCCUUCGCAGCCUCUGUCAAGGAUGAGAUCGGGGCCGAGCUGGCUGUGGCCUCAGGAGUCGCCGCUGUUGGUGCUGUGGACCAUGACAUCAUCACGGAGCAGCCGCGCUCCCAGCACACGCUGCAGGCGGACUCUGUGGAUCUGUCCAGCUGUGACCUGGCCAGUGCCGCCACCGAUGCGGACGAGGAGGACAUCUUGAGCCACAGCUCCAGCCAGAUCAGUGCUGUCCCCUCCGACCCUGCCAUGGACCUCAACGACGGGACGCAGGCCUCCUCUCCCAUCAGUGACAGCUCCCAGACCACCACCGAAGGGCCUGAUUCCGCUGUGACACCGUCAGACAGCUCUGAAAUUGUGCUGGACGGUGCCGACAGCCACGACGUGGGCACACGGCUUGGACAGCUCCAGGAUGAAGGAGAGGAAGAAGAGGCCUUCAGGAACUCUUCCCUUGCCCUUCAGCAGGUCCAUUCGUUGAAGACCACCGGUCACAGCAGGCAGUCCUCCGACAGUAGCCUGGAGAGGCUUGUUCCCCGAGAUGAGGAUCCGGAAACCAAGCUGUGCCGCAUCAGAGGCGACAUAGGACAAGCCACUGAUGGCGACUCUGCUCCUCUCGUCCACUGUGUCCGCCUUUUAUCAGCGUCCUUUUUGCUGACUGGCGAGAAGAGCGUGCUGGUUCCGGAUAGGGACGUGAGGGUCAGCGUGAAGGCCCUAGCCCUCAGCUGCAUCGGGGCAGCGGCGGGCCUUCACCCCGAAUCCUUCUUCAGCAGACUGUACAAAGCUCCUCUUGACACUGCGGAGUCCCCCGAGGAGCAGUAUGUGUCGGACAUCCUCAGCUACAUCGAUCAUGGGGACCCCCAGGUCCGAGGAGCCACGGCCAUCCUGUGCGGGACCCUGGUCUGUGCCAUCCUCAGCCAGUCCCGCUUCCGCGUGGAGGACUGGAUGGGUACUGUGAGAGCCCGGACAGGAAACACAUUCUCUCUGGCGGAUUGCAUUCCUUUGCUGCAGAAAACGCUGAAGGAUGAAUCUUCCGUUACCUGCAAGUUGGCAUGUGUGGCCGUGAGGCACUGCAUCAUGAGUCUCUGUAGUAGCAGCUAUAGUGACCUGGGCUUGCAGCUGCUCAUCGAGCUGCUGACCCUGAAGAACAGCUCCUACUGGCUGGUGCGGACGGAGCUCCUGGAGACCCUUGCCGAGGUUGACUUCAGGCUCGUGAGCUUUUUGGAGGCGAAAGCCGAGAGCUUGCAUCGGGGCGCUCGUCAUUACGCGGGGCUUUUGAAGCUGCAAGAGCGAGUGCUUCACAAGGUUGUCAUCUACCUGCUUGGGGACGAGGACCCCCGGGUGCGCCGCGUCGCAGCGGCCUCCUUGAUAAGGCUCGUCCCGAAGCUGUUCUAUCAGUGUGACCAAGGACAGGCAGACCCGGUGGUGGCCGUGGCGAGAGAGCAAAGCAGUGUGCACCUGCAGCUGCUCAUGCACGAGACACAGCCUCCUUCUCACUUCUCCGUCAGCACUGUCACCAGAAUCUAUAGAGGCUAUAACUUAUUACCAAGCUCAACAGAUGUCACUGUGGAGAAUAACCUCUCAAGGGUCGUGGCGGCACUCUCUCAGGAGCUCAUCACCUCGACCACGCGGGCGCUCACAUUCGGAUGCUGUGAAGCUCUGUGCCUCCUCUCGGCUGCCUUCCCGGUUUGCGUGUGGAGUUUAGGCUGGCAUUGUGGGGUGCCCCCGCUGAGCGCCUCGGAUGACUGCAGGAAGAGCUGCACCGUGGGCAUGGCCGCGACCAUCCUCAGCCUGCUCUCCUCGGCCUGGUUCCCGUUAGACCUCUCAGCCCACCAGGACGCACUGGUGUUGGCCGGAAACCUGCUGGCAGCCAGUGCUCCCAGGUCCCUGAGAAGUCCUUGGACCUCCGAGGACGAAGCCAGCCCAGCAGCCCCCAAGCAGGAGGAGGUGUGGCCGGCGCUGGGCGACCGCAGCCUGGUGCCCAUGGUGGAGCAGCUCUUCUCGCACCUGCUCAAGGUGGUCAACGUGUGCGCUCACGUCUUGGAGGAUGUGGCUCCUGGACCAGCUGUCAAGGCAGCCUUGCCUUCUCUGACAAACCCCCCUUCUCUGAGUCCCAUCCGACGGAAAGGCAAAGAGAAAGAGCCUGCGGAACAGGCUUCUGCUCCCAUGAGUCCCAAGAAGGUCGGCGAGGCCAGUGCAGCCUCUAGAGCAGCGGAGCCCUCAGGGCCUGUGACCACAAGCAGGCCCUCAGCACUGGGAAGCUUCUGCCACCUUCCUUCGUACCUCAAGCUGCACGAUGUCCUGAAGGCCACGCACGCUAACUACAAGGUCACCCUGGAUCUGCAGAACAGCACCGAGAAGUUUGGGGCGUUCCUGCGCUGCGCUUUGGACGUCCUCUCUCAGCUCCUGGAGCUGGCGACGCUGCAAGACAUCGGAAAGUGUGUCGAGGAGAUCCUCAGCUACCUGAAGUCCUGCUUCAGUCGAGAGCCGACGAUGGCCACGGUCUGCGUGCAGCAGUUACUGAAGACACUCUUUGGGACGAACUUGGCUUCCCAGUUUGAUGGCAUAUCUUCCAACCCCAGCAAGUGCCAAGGCCGAGCGCAGCGUCUCGGCUCAUCCAGUGUGCGGCCAGGCCUGUACCACUACUGCUUCAUGGCUCCCUACACCCACUUCACGCAAGCCCUGGCUGACGCCAGCCUGAGGAACAUGGUGCAGGCCGAGCACGAGCACGACACCGCGGGAUGGUUUGAUGUGCUGCAGAAAGUGUCGACACAGUUGAAGACAAACCUCACGAAUGUCACAAAGAACCGUGCAGAUAAGAACGCGAUCCACAGUCACAUCCGUCUGUUUGAGCCUCUUGUCAUCAAAGCGCUCAAGCAGUAUACAACCACGACAUCCGUGCAGCUGCAGAAGCAGGUCCUCGCGCUGCUGGCACAGCUGGUGCAGCUACGUGUCAACUACUGCCUCCUGGAUUCAGAUCAGGUGUUCAUUGGGUUCCUGCUGAAGCAGUUUGAAUACAUCGAAGUGGGCCAGUUCAGGGAAUCAGAGGCCAUUAUUCCCAACAUCUUUUUCUUCCUGGUAUUGCUAUCUUAUGAACGCUAUCAUUCCAAACAGAUCAUUGGGAUUCCCAAAAUCAUUCAGCUCUGUGAUGGCAUCAUGGCCAGUGGGAGGAAGGCUGUGACACACGCCAUCCCUGCCCUGCAGCCCAUCGUCCACGACCUCUUCGUGUUGAGAGGAACCAACAAGGCUGACGCAGGGAAAGAGCUAGAGACCCAGAAGGAGGUGGUGGUGUCCAUGCUGCUGAGACUCGUCCAGUACCAUCAGGUCCUGGAGAUGUUCAUUCUCGUCCUGCAGCAGUGUCACAAGGAGAACGAGGACAAGUGGAAGCGGCUGUCACGACAGGUGGCUGACGUCAUCCUCCCGAUGCUAGCCAGGCAGCAGAUGCACAUCGACUCUCAUGAAGCUCUUGGAGUGCUAAAUACCUUGUUUGAGAUUUUGGCCCCUUCCUCCCUGCGUCCGGUGGACAUGCUUCUUCGGAGUAUGUUUGUCACCCCAAGCACGAUGGCGUCUGUGAGCACCGUGCAGCUGUGGGCAUCAGGGAUCCUGGCCAUCCUGCGGGUUCUGAUUUCCCAGUCCACGGAAGACAUUGUUCUCGCUCGCAUUCAGGAGCUCUCCUUCUCUCCAUACUUAAUCUCCUGUCCAGUAAUUGCCAGGCUGAGAAAUGGGGAUGGGGAUGCCGCAGCGGAAGGACACAGUGAAGAGAAACAAAUGAAGAAUUUGCCAGAAGAAAUAUUUUCAAGGUUCCUGGUGCAGCUGGUUGGUAUCCUGCUAGAGGACAUCGUCAGCAAACAGCUCAAGGUGGACAUGAGCGAGCAGCAGCACACGUUCUACUGCCAGGAGCUCGGCACGCUGCUCAUGUGUCUCAUCCACAUCUUCAAGUCUGGAAUGUUCCGGAGAAUCACAGCAGCCACCACGAGACUCUUCAGCAGUGACAGCUGUGAGGGCAGCUUCUACACCCUGGAGAGCCUGAAUGCGCAGGUGCGCUCCAUGGUGCCCACGCACCCGGCCCUGGUACUGCUCUGGUGUCAGAUCCUGCUGCUGGUCAACCACACCGACCACCGCUGGUGGGCGGAAGUGCAGCAGACGCCCAGGCGACACAGUCUGUCCAGCACCAAGCUGCUCGGGCCGCAGGUGUGUGCAGAGGAGCCCGCUGCGGCAGCGGGCCUUGGAGUGUGCAACAGAGAGAUCGUCCGGAGGGGGGCGCUCGUCCUCUUCUGCGAUUACGUGUGUCAGAACCUGCAUGACUCCGAGCACCUGACGUGGCUCAUCGUGAACCACGUCCAGGACCUCAUCAGCCUGUCCCACGAGCCUCCCGUGCAGGACUUCAUCAGCGCCGUGCAUCGCAACUCUGCAGCCAGCGGCCUGUUCAUCCAGGCUAUCCAGUCCCGUUGUGAAAACCUCUCGACCCCAACCACACUUAGGAAGACCCUGCAGUGCCUGGGAGGGAUCCACCUGAGCCAGUCGGGGGCUGUGCUCACACUGUACGUGGACAGGCUGCUGUGCACCCCGUUCCGCGUGCUGGCACGCAUGGUGGACACCCUGGCCUGUCGCCGAGUGGAAAUGCUCUUGGCUGCAAACGUGCAGAGCAGCACGGCCCAGUUGCCAGUGGAAGAACUAACCAGGAUCCAGGGAUACCUGCAGAGCAGCGGGCUCGCGCAGAGACACCAAAGGCUCUAUUCCCUGCUGGACAGGUUCCGUCUGUCCACCGUGCAGGACUCGCCUAGCCCCUCACCCCCGGUCACGUCCCACCCGCUGGAUGGGGAUGGGCACAUGGCCCUGGAAGCAGUGAGUCCAGAUAAAGACUGGUACAUUCGUCUUGUCAAAUCCCAGUGUUGGACCAGGUCAGAUUCGGCGUUGCUGGAAGGUGCCGAACUGCUGAAGCGGCUUCCUUCCGAAGACUUGACAGCCAUCAUGAUGAACUCGGAAUUCAACCUGAGCCUGUUAGCUCCGUGCUUAAGCCUCGGCAUGAGUGAGAUAUCCAGUGGCCACCAAAGCCCACUUUUUGAAGCAGCCCGGGCAGUGACCCUGGACCGGGUGGCCAGCCUCGUCCAGCAGCUGCCUGCUGCCCACCAAGCCUUCCAGCCCUUCCUGCCUGUAGAGCCCACAGCCUACUGGAGCAAGAUGAGCCGUCUGUUUGGAGAUGCUGUACUCUACCAGGCCCUGGUCACGCUGGCUCGGGCCCUGGCGCAGUACCUGGUGCUGACCUCCAGGCUACCUGCCUGUCUGCACCUUCCUCCGGAGAAGGAGAGGGACACAGUGAAGUUUGUAGUGAUGACACUUGAGGCCCUGUCGUGGCACCUGAUCCACGAGCGGAUCCCACUGAGUCUGGGUCUGCAGGCGGGACUGGACUGCUGCUGCCUGGCCCUGCAGCUGCCCGGCCUCUGGGCUGUGGUCUCCUCCGCCGAGUUUGUGACCCACGCCUGCUCCCUCAUCCACUGCGUGCGCUUCAUCCUGGAAGCUGUUGCAGUGCAGCCUGGAGACCAGCUUCUCAGUCCAGAGAGGAGGAUGCACACUCCAAAGGCCGUCCGGGAGGACGCAGGGAACCCCAGCUUGCACAGUCAUGGGUGCAUCAGUGCAGCCUGCGAGAUGGUGGCGGAGAUGGUCGAGUGCCUGCAGUCGGUGCUGGCUUUGGGUCACCGGAGGAAUAGCAACUUGCCUGCCUUCCUCACUGCCCUGCUGAGGAACAUUGUGGUCAGCCUGGCCCGCCUGCCCUUGGUCAACAGCUACACGCGGGUUCCGCCACUGGUGUGGAAACUCGGCUGGUCCCCCAAGCCAGGAGGGGAUUUCGGAACCGUGUUCCCCGAAAUCCCUGUGGAGUUCCUUCAGGAAAAAGAAAUCUUCAAGGAAUUCAUCUACCGCAUCAACACGCUGGGAUGGACCAGUCGGACCCAGUUUGAAGAAACGUGGGCCACCCUUCUUGGUGUCCUGGUGACUCAGCCCCUUGUGAUGGAGCAAGAGGAAAGCCCACCAGAGGAGGACGUGGAAAGGACGCAGAUCAACGUGCUGGCUGUGCAGGCCAUCACGUCCCUGGUGCUCAGUGCCAUGGCCGUGCCCGUGGCUGGCAACCCCGCUGUCAGCUGCCUGGAGCAGCAGCCCCGGAACAAGCCCCUGAAAGCUCUGGAUACCAGGUUUGGGAGGAAACUGAGCGUGAUCCGAGGCAUUGUAGAAGAGGAAAUUCAAGCGAUGGUUUCCAAGAGAGAAAAUAUCGCCACCCAUCAUUCAUACCAGGCGUGGGAUCCUGUCCCUUCCCUGUCCCCAGCUACGACAGGUGCCCUCAUCAGCCAUGACAAGCUGUUGCUGCAGACCAACCCCGAGCGUGAGCUGGGCAACACAAGCUACAAGCUUGGCCAGGUGUCUAUUCACUCCGUGUGGCUGGGGAAUAGCAUCACGCCCCUGAGAGAGGAGGAGUGGGGAGAGGAAGAAGAGGAGGAGGCCGACGUCCCCGCACCAUCCCCUCCUCCCACAUCACCUGUCAACUCCAGGAAGCACCGGGCCGGUGUGGACGUCCACUCGUGUUCGCAGUUCCUGCUCGAGCUGUACAGUCGCUGGAUCCUGCCGUCCAGUUCAGCCAGGAAGACGCCUGCCAUGCUCGUCACCGAGGUGGUCCGCUCGCUUCUGGUUGUCUCCGACUUGUUCACUGAACGCAACCAGUUUGAGAUGAUGUAUAUGACGCUGACGGAGCUGCGGAGGGUGCACCCCUCGGAAGACGAGAUUCUUGUCCAGUACCUGGUGCCUGCUACCUGCAAGGCGGCUGCCGUCCUCGGCAUGGACAAGGCUGUGGCAGAGCCCGUCAGCCGCCUGCUGGAGACCACGCUUAGGAGCAGCCAUCUUCCCAGCCGGAUUGGAGCCCUGCACGGCGCCCUGUAUGUGCUGGAGUGUGACCUCCUGGACGACACAGCCAAGCAGCUCAUCCCUGUCCUCAGCGACUACCUCCUGUCCAACCUCAGAGGGGUAGCCCACUGCGUGAACACCCACAGCCAGCAGCACGUGCUGGUCAUGUGCGCCACUGCCUUCUACCUGAUCGAGAACUACCCCCUGGACGUGGGGCCAGAAUUCUCAGCAUCAAUCAUACAGAUGUGUGGAGUGAUGCUGUCUGGCAGCGAGGAGGCCACGCCCUCCAUCAUCUACCACUGCGCCCUCCGAGGCCUGGAGCGCCUCCUGCUCUCAGAACAGCUCUCCCGGCUGGACGCAGAGUCCCUGGUCAAGCUGAGUGUGGACAGGGUGAAUGUUCACAGCCCGCAUCGGGCCAUGGCCGCCCUGGGCCUCAUGCUCACCUGCAUGUACACAGGGAAGGAGAGACUGAGCCCUGGGCGGGCCGCGGACGCUAAUGCUGCAGCCCCGGACAGCGAGACCGUGAUUGUCGCCAUGGAGCGGGUGUCUGUUCUUUUCGACAGGAUCAGGAAGGGCUUCCCCUGGGAGGCCAGAGUGGUGGCGCGGAUCCUGCCUCAGUUUUUAGACGACUUCUUCCCGCCCCAGGAUGUCAUGAACAAAGUCAUCGGGGAGUUUCUGUCCAAUCAGCAGCCGUACCCGCAGUUCAUGGCCACUGUUGUGUACAAGGUCUUUCAGACGUUGCACAGCGCCGGGCAGUCAUCCAUGGUCCGGGACUGGGUGAUGCUCUCGCUGUCCAACUUCACGCAGAGGACCCCGGUCGCCAUGGCUGUGUGGAGCCUCUCCUGCUUCUUUGUCAGCGCCUCCACCAGUCCGUGGGUGUCAGCAACCCUCCCGCACGUCGUCAGCAGGAUGGGCAAGCUGGAGCCGGUGGACGCGAACCUUUUCUGCCUGGUUGCCACAGACUUUUACCGACACCAGAUAGAGGAGGAGCUCGACCGCAGGGCCUUCCAGUCGGUGUUUGAGGUGGUGGCAGUGCCAGGAAGCCCAUACCACCGGCUGCUGACUUGUCUGCGAAAUGUCCACGAGGUCGCUGCCUGCUGAGAGCCCCUGGCGGGAGAGACGCCGAGGAGGCCGUGGCUGGGACCAGGUCCUGUGUCCAUGCCGCGAGGCAGCCAGGAGGCGUGCGUGUCUCUGCCAAGUGGCUCUGGUGGGCACUGAGGCUGAUCAGGGAGCCAUGCGGCUCCAUGAGGUGGGACCCGAGUCCUCAGAGGGCACGUGCUGCUGGGCUGCCGGCCCUUGUGCCAGCCGCGGCCACCUGCCACUGACCAGCUGUCUGUCUUUCUCCCUACGUCCGCCUGUCAUUGCCGCCAGGUCGCGGCUCCCUCAGUCUGGGAUGCAAGUCCUCUUGCGGGCUGGCUGCUGGCCCAGGGGAGACACAGGAGCCACGGCCGGCCUGGGCGCUUGUGCAGGUGUUUGUUGCAGUGGCCGCCAGGCCAGCAGCUGGUGCCAUGCCCUGCUGUCCUCCCUCUCUCUGUUCUCUCAGGAUUUAAAGUUUAAUUCUAUCAGUAAAGAGAUUAAUUUUAA